AUGACUACCCGAAGGGAUAAUUACUUCAUAGAUACCUCGGCCGUAACUGAGGAGGCCGGAGGAGAAGAUUCUAUGGUGAUAUCAAGGGCUGCUAGCCCAGACCCCCUACUUACGGGAGGACCCUCUACAACAACUAGGCAAUCGAGUAAACGCUCUGCUCAAGCCCAGUUUGUGAGGAAUAUGCAGGAGUUUUUGGAUACCCAUGAGGCACAAAUGAGGUAUCUUGGUGCAGCUGGACAGGCCGUUUGGCAGCAGCUACAAAACCUCCAGGAGCAAGUCCAAGGGAGUGGACAAAUCCUGGAUAAGAAAGUACGGCAAGAAGCCAUUGCCCAAAAACAACAUCUCGAGUCGCUCUUUGAGCUCGUCACCCAUGUCCAACAAAUGCAAGAAACCGCACGAGCCGCCGACCACGAGGUUCUGGACCGUAACCAUCGGAUUACCCAGAACCAACUGUUGGAAGCGGAGCGACAGCUGAGGAUGGUACGAGAAGAGCGGGAGCAGGAGAAAGGGGAACAACGGGCUAUGUUUGCGCAAUUCAAGCAGUCCGAUGAGAUAAGAAACCAACGGAUAGCCGAGAUGGAGGAACUACUGCGACAACACCUGUCAGCAGCACCUUCCGUGGCUAGUGCUCCCUUAGACCCUAACGCUGUGAGGGAUGCGUACCAGACCACAAGAGUACACUACGCAGAGCUCAGAGUUCGGCUAACAGCUACAAAGGUAGAAGUCUCCAAGGUCUCUUCAGUCAACGUCCAGUAUGAUUCUCCUUGA